CUAAUGCAAAAGUACUGGCUGGCAUUGCUGGCGCUCGUCGUCCCGUUCAUUCUGCCGCCGACCGUCACGCGACCCGUCCAGCCGGUGGCAUUCCAGGUCAAGUGGAACAGCGCCAACGACGAUGGCUCGAGCCGGGUUUUGCUGUACUCUGGGACAGCGUCGCUCGCAGACGCGUCGUUGCAGGCACCGGCGGGAUUGGGCUCUGACGAUGGGACAUUCGAGAUGCUGUUCGUGUCGAUCGGCCAUGGCGGGCUCGAGCAAGGCGCACUGCAGUCAGGCUGCUUUUCAUUGUUCGAGCGAUCGAGUGCCAGGCAUCCAUUCCGCAGACUCGAUUUGCCGUGCUUCGAUGCUCAACCCCAGUCCACUUCGACCGACGUGCUCAUCCCUGUAGAGUACUUCAAACAGCCACGAUAUGCUUCUGCUACCCGCACUGGGUCCAGCCAACCCGCUCAAACUUCCGACCAGGAGUCGCAACUGCAAUCCUCGCUGUUCAACGUGCAGCUGACAGUGGCGCUGCAACUGACGACGGGCGCCGAAUCAGCUGAAAGCGAGCCGAGCCAGUGGAUUUUAGUGGAUUUGUGCACUGAUGAGCACCCGUCCGAUCUAGCCGCCGACAGCGAGGCGAACGAAGACGCGCAGCCCGCCUUGUCGCAGGUGAACCGGUUUGUUGAGCACAUUGGCCUCCCGACUCCGACGGCAGGGGCAGCAGGGUUGGUGCAGUCCGUAACCGAGCAGACCGAAGCAGCCCCUGAACCUCUGUCGUUGGUGGCGGGUGCUCUGCCGUUGGCUCGACUUCGAGCCGAGCUUGAACGCGAGUCUGAGCGGAGCCGCUUGCUCCAACACGCUCUUCAUCAAACUACGGCAUCUCUGCAUCGCUCGUAUACUGGACUGAGCCAGUGUCAAGAAAAGUUGCAACGAAAGACGACGCUACCAGAGGUUCUGUUGCCGGCACCAGCCCACCACCCUGGCGCUGUGGUCGAGCUUUCGCACGACCCGCUCGACCCAGAAGAAUGCAACCCAGAGCCGGUGCUAAAACAUCUGGGACCGGUUCGCCCAAUCCUGCUGUUCCACGCUUGCCGACAGUACUUUGACCAGUACGACUUGACGAUUGAGCAAACAGUCGAUUUUCUCGCCGCAGCUCUCGUUUCGUGCCUUGCGUAUGCUGUCAUUGCCUCCAUUCUCUGUGCAGUUCGUGCCAGCCUCGUCAAGCAGUUGGAAGCGGAAGCGGGCACACUACGCCAAGAGCUCGAGGAAGUGACAAGCCACGGAGACAUUCAAAACCAAAGAGCCGUCGCUGCUGCUCAAGUUGCUCGGACUCGCAUUGCAGAGCUCGAGUUGAAGGUUGAGCUUUUGGAGGCAACUCUUGCAACCAAGCAGCAGACCGUGCAAAGUGACGGCGAACCCUCCGCUACAACCGGCAUUGCUACAACCGCACUGGAUGAACUUUCGGAACUGAGCCCUGCGCAGUCGGAGCUCGCUCGUGGAUUAGCAUCGUUUGUCGCCGCCACGCGCUCGUUGAGCGCCGCCUUGUCUUCCGGCGCCGAGAACGGGUCGAUCGCCUCUGCAUCCAUCACCUCCUCGUCCAAUCUGGUCGACGUCACUCUAGAUGAGCUGCAAGAGGAGGGCCAAACGAACGCGCCCGGCAGCGAAGACGCUCAAAGCAUCUUGAGCGAGACUGUUCAGCACCUUGGUGGAUUGACAACUGAGGUGAAUGGCGAAUCGGAUUCGGAAUCGGUUGCUGUCGUCGCGGUCGUGGCCGAGCCGGUUGUGGCCCGCCCUGCCAACCUGGACGCAAUUGCGCUCACUAUUGCGGCUGGCCAGAUUGCCUCCGAGCGCGAAGCUAGAAUGAAUGCCGAAGCCCAGCUCGUGCAGACCGUUCAGCAUAGCGAGUUUUUGCAAACCCAGCUGGACAUGAUCAACGAAUUCUAUGCAAAAGCGCGUUUGGAUGCACAGACGGCUCGUGAUGAUCUGGCUGUCAAGGAGGCUGUGUUUGAAGCAGAGCUGGAGUCGAGCCGCCACGAGCUGUUGCAAGCGCGUGUCACUGCGGCGCAAGUUCAGUCGCAGCUCCAACAUCAGGCCACUGAGAGUGCAAUUCGCUCCCUGGAUCGAACAGACGACGAAAGCGGCGCAUUUGAGAUUGCUUCGCUCUCGAGGGGCAGUUUGUCAGCAACAGCAGCAGCAACAGCAAUUGACUCGAACGGCCAGGAACCACACACGCCAACAGCUGGCGGUCGCUCAUCGAAAGAGCGCAUCCUGGAUUUGGAGCAGCGACUUGCUGCGUCCGAGGCUGAGCUCUCCACCUCGCUUGACCAGCACCUGACAUGCAUGCAGCAGCUGGAACUGCUCACGAUUGCCAACACGCGUGAGCGCGACCGCCACAUUGCAACGUCCAUCGAAUUGGAAGAGCUGCGCCGCGUGCACCAAGAGACAAUGGAGCAGGUCGACGAGUUGAGGGCGCAAGUGACGGAGCAGUUGGAUCGCAUGCAAUUCCAGACCGAAGAAACAAAGGAGAGCCGUGCACAGCUGCUGGCCGACCUGCGAGACUCGCGCACGCGUGCCCAGGAUUUGGCGGGCCAAGUGGCGGAAUUGAAACGCCACAAUUUUGAUCUUGCGCACACUUUGUCCGAAUUCCAGCUUCAGGAGAACGGCGAGAAGGGUGGCGAUCACGCAGCUGGUCAAGACGAGCUGCUCUUGCUCGAAGAGGACCAGCAGGCCUCAGCAGCGGCGCAGACGUCUGCUCCAGCAGAUGCCUCCUUGCCGACAGUGAUUGUCAUUCCUGAGAGCACACAAGAGGCAGCGGCUGGGCCCAACCCCCAACAUGACGCGCGUCCAGACACGAUCGAAUCGUUGCGAGAGGAACUAGCACACGCCUCACGGCGCAUCAAAGAGCUCGAGUUCGAACUGACCACGGCUGCGACGGAGCACAAUCUUGACAUUGAUGACGACUUGGAACGCGACGACGAGAGCGAAGACGAAGUUGUCGAUGUUGACGACCAGCUGGAGGAGGAACUGCUGGAAACGUACGAGACGACGGCACCCACCACGCCACAAACCUCCAUGUCCUCUCAACAGAGCUGGAAGCAUGGUGGUGGCGCAGUGUCGCCUGCCGAUCUGCUGGCGGUCAACUCGGGUGGUCGGAGCAGCCGUCGCGUCGGUGCGUUGGCUGGAAUUCCUUUGGUCGGAGUGUCGCCGGCCCCAGGCUCGCCCGUCCCCACACGGUUUCCGCGCGUGUAUGACGCGGCGACUCCUCAAGGCAACAAGCUGGCCCCGAGCGUCUCUGCUUCGCCGUAUGCGGGCGACUCGCUGCAACUGAGCAAUGCCAUGCAAGCCUUGCGCUCUCGUCCACGCGCCUCCUCGAGUGUCUCGACCACAUCUUCCAUUGGUCGUUCCAUCGGUGGAGCCAGCACGGCUCCGCGACCCAAUUACUGCCAUGCGAUGGUUCAGACGGAGCAUUUCCUGCUCGACGAGUUUGUGCGCCGAACCGAAGGCAAAAAUUCCCUGCUGACACUCUUCGACAAAAUCGCCAAUGGCACUGUGAUGCAAUGACCAGGGGAGGCGUGAUGACAGGUGUGAAUGAAAUGUGUGGAUCAGGCAUGCAAUAUAUUGUUCACAAACAAAACGAAUCAAGCGUUUUUUGGUUUUUCGCGCGCGCGC